CAUUUCACUCAAACUCUUCCGCUUAAACCUGUGUAGUUGAGUUGCAGGUUAGAAGAAGUUGAAAGCUCAAAAGCCUCCCCUUUUUUUCUCCCAAAGAAUGAAAACUGAAAAGCAAAUUUCAAGUUCAACAAUGGGUGCAGCUAGCGUCGAGGAUAUAGAGGUUGGGUUCGAAGAAGCUAUGUCAUGGCUGCCUUCUCAUGUUCUCGACGAGGCUAUUUGGGAAACCAAGAUAAAAAAGGAUGAUGUGAACUGCAAUUAUCAUCGCCAUCGUUCCAAGUUGCCUGCUCAGCCUUUUUUUCAACCGCAGUGGAGGGGGAGCUGGAGACGGCAUCAGAAACCAAGAUAUUGUGGCAACGGGGGAGCAUCCGGAGGACCUGGAAUGCAGGCAUUCUUCCUAGAUUCAGGCCAAAAAUCAUGCGGCACUGGUGUUUUCCUUCCCCAGAGAGCUGGCACCAUUUCUCAUUCAAGCAGAAGACCAGCUUGUUCUCCAGUUCUUCUCCCUUCUCGGGUUGUUCAAGCUCUCAACCUCAACGUUCAUGAAUUAGGCCUCCAAAUCUCUCCUCGCCGUGAUCCCAGAAACAAUACAAGUACAAGACGUGGAGAGUUGAAUAAUUCGUUGAAUAAUAAUAGUAAUAAUGGUAAUAAAAAUGGAAAGGAUCAUGCAUCAACAAAACGUUGUGUGGUUUCCCAAACCGAAACUUCUUCGGCGGAUAUAUUUCUUCCUAGAGAAUGGACUUACUAGCCCUAUAUCAAAAACAAGGCCAAGAUUAACCUAUAUUCCCAACCCCCCCCCCCCCCAACUAGGUUAUUGACCAUGUUAAUAUCAUUGACUAUGUUGUACGUGAU